CCAGACUGCGGCAUAGGCAGCUGAUCGUGGGGCGCAGCUGAGGUGCGUUUCGCGCCUUUUGCUUACUUUUGCUUUGUCCCACGUUACUGAAAACUUAAACCAAGCUUAAAUUUGAAUUAAGACUAAUUGCAUAAUAAGUGAACAAUUUUAUCACCUAACUUAACAAAGCUUAAUAAAUGGCUGCCGUACGCCGCUCCACGCGUUUGAGCAGCAUAAGCAAGUCUGCAGCCGCAUCAGCUGCGACGGUAGCGCUGCCUCAGUUGUCGCUGCCCGUAACGCCACGACGCUCAGAAAUUUGGCGCUUGAGGCAGACUAAACGAAUCGAAGACAGCGACGACGAGGAUCAGGAUGAUAUCAUUAGUGUAAUUUCAGAAAAUAACGAAAACAGCAAUCUGUUAAAUCAAAUGGACAAAGCGGGCAAACGAAAAACGGCCACUGCGGCAAAAAUCAAAGAAGAGCAUCUAAAGACGCCACGCAGCAGCAAGAAAACAACGACAAAAACUUCGGUUGCAGCUUUGACCAGCAGAUCAAAACGCAUUGAGUCUAAUAUACAUGCUAAAAGACUGACUGAUGGCAACCACAGUAGCAGCAGCGAGGAGGAAGAGAAGGAUGACGUAGCACAUGUGUCACCGCCUAAGCAGCGCAAGAUGCAUCCGCUGCCACAGCACUUGAUCAGUCCAUCGCGACUGCUGGAUAGACUGAGCAUAGAUGAACGGGUAGAAGAGGUGGAGGGGGAAGAACCACGUAAGACUGAAACGGAGACCAAAGGGACAGAGAAGGCAAAGCCCUCACCGCCACGCAACAAAUAUCAAAAUGCACGUCGGGUUCUAAACAGCGCCGAGACGCUGCAUCUGCCUGGAAGGGAGCCACAGCUGCAGGAGUUGCGCGAAUUCUUCACCACGCACUUGGAGUCGAACACGUCGGGCAGUCUGUAUGUGUCCGGACAACCAGGCACAGGCAAGACAGCCUGUCUCUCGCUACUUUUGAGAGCGCCAGAAUUUUCCCAGCGAUUGCAACGUGUCUACAUCAACUGUACGAGUAUUGCUAGCGUGGGCGCUGUCUAUAAGAAGCUGUGCACUGAGCUGCAGCUGAAGCCAGCGGGGCGCACAGAGCGAGACCAUCUGGCGGCUAUCCAACGUCAUCUGCGAACAGCUAAACGUAUGCUGCUGUUGGUGCUGGAUGAGAUCGAUCAGCUGUGCACAUCACGGCAGGAGGUUUUGUAUACGAUCUUCGAGUGGCCCGCUUUGCCAGGCGCUCGUAUCUUGCUCGUUGGCAUUGCCAACAGCUUGGAUCUCACAGAUCGCGCGCUGAUGCGAUUGAAUGCUCGCUGCGAACUCAAACCAAGACUGAUGCACUUUCCACCCUAUACCAAACCACAGAUUGUAGAAAUAUUUAAAUCCCGUCUAGCUGAAGCGCAAGUCUUGGAUGUCUUUCCACCUGUUACGCUACAGCUGCUCGCGGCCAAGGUGAGCGCUAUUAGCGGUGAUGUGAGACGCGCCCUAGACAUUGGUCGACGUGUUGUAGAAAUUGCCGAGCAACAGAAGCGUGCAGGCGACAAGGAGUUCAACAUGAAGGCGCUGGAGCUGGAGGGUCACAGCACAGAGGCUGAAGACACCCUCAAGCCCGUACAGGUUAGCCAAGUGGCUGCGGUGCUUAACAAGGUUUAUGGGGCGUCACAGAAUCUAGAGGAGGAUAUCGAAGCAGCGUUUCCACUGCAACAAAAGCUAAUGCUCUGCUCUCUCGUGCUAAUGCUGCGCAAUGAGCGCAACAAAGACAUCAGCAUGGGACGCCUGCAUGAGGUGUAUAGAAGAGUGUGUGCCAAGCGGAAUAUACUCGCACUCGAUCAGGCAGAGUUUGCGGGCACUGUGGAUCUGGUGGAGACAAGAGGCAUUCUGCGUAUUAUGCGCAAGAAGGAACCACGUCUCAGCAAAGUCGUGCUGCAGUGGGAUGAGGAGGAGGUGCAUGCAGCACUGAGUGACAAGCAGUUGAUUGCUUCCAUCUUAAGCGACACCGCCUGCCUGGGCAAGUGACGGAUCAUGAUCUUCAUCAUAAUAGAUUACCUUUACAGAAAUUAGCUUUUAGCCCGUUUCGCUUCCGUUUUCGUUUAAUUGCGCAUUUCUCACAAUUUAUUCAUUCACCUUGGCCAUAAGAACGAAUCGAACAAUUUUUGAGGCAUAUAUAAAAAUAAAUUAGAUUUUUUUUUCAUGCUAAAUUUAAAAUUUGUUGCUAGCGCAAGCACGAAAUAUAUUUCGAAAUAUA